AUGUCUUGGUUUUGGACGAUAUUAUUUCUCGCUUUUGCGUUUAGCAGUAACGGUACGGAGGCUAAACAUCACAAGAAGCCAUCAUCGGCUGUGGUUGUUGGCACCGUGUUUUGUGACACAUGCUUUCAGCAGAAUAUACCUAAGGCCAUCAUCCACUUCAUCCAAGGUGCAUCUGUUGCAGUGGAAUGCAAGGGCAAAAGCUCAAACCCAAGCUUCAGACAGCAAGUGAAAACAGACAUCCACGGGCAGUUCAAAGUCAAACUCCCUUUCCCUGUCAGCAAGCAUGUCAAGAAAAUCAAAGCCUGCACUGUGAAACUCAUCAGCAGCAACAAACCAUACUGCUCCAUAGCAGCCAGCGCCACCACCUCGUCCACCCUCCAUCUCAAAACACGAAAACACGGAACCCACAUUUACUCGGCAGGCUUCUUCACAUUCAAGCCUUUUAACCAGCCUGCAGUUUGUGACCAGAAGCCAAGCAUCCAUACCAACCAAAAUAAAAUGUCACCAAUUUCAAACCCUAACGACCCUACUUUCUUACCUCCGAUUCAAGACCCAGCGCCUUACAACGACCCUCCGGCCACCGGCAGCCUCCUCCCGCCACUGCCGGAGCUCCCCCAGCUGCCACCCCUCCCUCGAAUCCCAUUUCUGCCCCCGAAAAAGCUUAAAACAGAACUAUCGGACAAUAAUCGAGUAAAUCAACCCGAAUCUUUUCCGUUCCCAUUCAAUCCCCCGAGCAUUUUCCCGCCAAACCCUUUCCAGCCACCGCCUUCCGUGAUCCCACCAGUCUUUCCAACACCACCACCUUCAGUUUUUCCGCCUAUAUUCCCUACACCGCCUUCGCCACCAUUUUUUCAGCUGCCGCCAAUUCCGGUCCUUACGCCAUCACCACCGCCACCUCCACCACCCGUGUUUCCAUUCCCUCUACCACCCUUUCCCAGAUUUCCAGGGCCCGGGGUUCCGCCAGCUGGGGUUUCUUCAUCUCCGUAA